AUGGCUCACUUGACUAUUGCUUCGGAUGCUGCUAACGAGAAGCUGGCCCCUGUUGCCAAAGACAAGGUGGAGGCUGCUAUCAAUAAGCUAUUCAACAAAUUGGACACCUCUGACGACCUGUUUGCUCGCACCUUCAUAGACCUUCUAUUGGAUACUCUCAAGGAAUAUGCUAUACAGUACAAGUUUUUCAUCAAUUUGAACGCAAUCUUAAACAGUGCUGACACUAAAAAUAUUAAUGUCAACAUCAAGAACUCCUUUGGUUCGCUUUGGGAUAAAGCAAAAGAUGGUUAUUAUAAUUUCAAGUAA